UUCAACGAUGUCAGUUAUCAAUUAGUCUUCAUCAUCUAUCGAGAUGGCAGACAACCAGACCACUCGUCCAUCGGACCAUUCCACUUCUGAGUCUAACAAAUCAAACAAACUAGAUAUCAAUGACUACGCAACGCGGAAAACUUUCAUUCAGGGUAUGCUAGAUCUGGCUUUGCUAACAGCGAACGCCGCACAACUCAAAUACCUUCUAACCGUUGGAUCAGCCCAUCCUUUUUACAACUUUCUGCUAAUUUUGGUCAUCACAUCGAUUUCACUGCAGAUUCUACAAGCAAUCAUUAUCAUCGUGCUGGGUACGCUAUUCAAUAUCAACAAACUCGAAGAACAGCGAAAGUCAGACAUAAUAAACAAUGUACUGAUAUGCGUCUCGGUAGUAUCUGUCGUUAUCAAUAUUAUCAUCAGUGCUUUCGAUAUGAAGAAUCAAAGUGUAGUCAAAGGGUAGCAGUGGCUGUUAUUUCCAUUACUUUCUAUAAUAAUAUUUUUAUUACAUAUAUAUUUACGAUAAAGUACAUCACGAGUUCAUUCAAAUAUGUAACAUUGUGCAAAUGAUUUCAAAUGUGUGCUCUUGUGCGAAUUUAAUAAUAAAAGAUGUAAAAUUCAAUUCAGUAAUGCAUAAUUUUCGUCGAGGAACACAUUUUCAGUAGUCAUGAGAUCCAAUCUUAAUUUUAAAAUACAUUGAAGUUCUGGUUUCAUCAUUAAAGUAAAACAUUAAAUGCAAGUUUAGUUUUAACUUGACGUGCAAUUGUUAUAUAUUUUUAUAACUCCAAAGUAUUACACUUACCGUAAUAAGUGACCAAGGAAAUGAAUCAAGUAUUUUUUCAGAAAAGUCUGAAGAAUAUUAGUAACGCAGGAGUCGGUAGAAUUUGCAAUAUAUAAUGCACGUUAGUAUUAUGAAAAUAAUAAUCCAUAAAAUAUUUAAUGUCAAUGCAUGAAACAUAAAUUUUUCAUAAUUGGAUACGAAGUACCGUAAAACGGGGUAACAUUGAUAGUUCUUUGAAGUAUAUUCUAAAUAUUGCUUACAUCAAUUAAUGUUUCUCGAAAAAUUUUUUAACAAGUACUUAGGAGUCAAUUCGUUAAUAAUAUGUUUAACGAAAAUUAUUGCAUUUUUUUAGUCUUGUGACCGAACAUCAGUAUUUUGAUUUGGGGUUACUUUGAUGAUGCUCGAUGAAUGUAGAAAAACAAGUGCGAAUCUCAAACAAUUUAGUUCAAGAAAUAUGACAUUUUGUAUGAAACAUCAUAAGCAAUCAUAAGAUAACACUGAAUUUGUGAUGGCUAUAUCAGAAAUACAUUUCAUAAGUGAUGGUUUCAGUUCUUUUAAAACAGGCAAAAAGCAAAAAAAUUGUUAUUCAAUAUGUUUGGCAAACAUAUAACACAAACUAUUUAAAAAUUAUGUGUGAUAUCAAGGGAAAUGCCCUAAGCUACAAUACGGAACCAAUGUUUCUAAUUCGGAAAAAAUGCAGAGAGUAAAUAAAAUCAUUAUAUUCUACUAUCAAAGUUACCCGCAUUAU